AUGUACUGUUUCUCGAAUGUUCGAGUUUCGAUUUGCGUCGCAUUGCGAGAAUCGAUUGUUACUUAUCAGUGUUGUUGACGUUGUUGUGCUCUCCGUGUCUCGGUAUUUCCUAUGUGUUCAAUGGUACCUCUAUAAUAGUGUACUGCAUUCUGUACAACUGGUUCGUGUUCCUUUUAUCGCCGUAAUUUUCUCCUGUAUUCACGUAGAUGUUAAAAAUAAGAUACACUGUGGCUUUCAGUAUUUUGUAAGUGUACUGAAAUAUUUGAAUAUAAAUUAAUCGUCGUUUAUAAUUUGCACUUUUAUUACUCCACGUAUUUAUCGCAAUAUUUUAUGUGAAUUCACGAGCAUUUCGAAAUCGUUUGACGUUCAUUUGCCGUUUUCAGAAUCAGCUAAAACACUUAUAAUGGAUACUGCGGGUGAGGUGAUUACUGUUACUAGUCCUACCGAUGAUGAUGAUAAACCAUCCAAAUCCAAACAAUACCUGAUUGCAAUGUUGGAUCGUUCUGAAAUGAUAAUUGAAAACAUACGCAAAGAAGCUUUGAAGAUGGCUGAAGAUUUAGAUAAUGUUUACAACAAUGUAGAUGCUGUGAGGAAUUCUAAAUCUUUGAACUAUCUAAGUGAUGUUGAUAGAGAAGAUAUCCAUCAGUUUGCUGAUCGAAUUAUCAGCCGAUGUGACACUGUUAACAUAAAUGUGCAUACUACUAGAAGUGAUAGCCAGCAAAAUUGUUUAGAGGAAAUCAACGUAAUGAUUGACAAAAUAGUCAAUACAUUAAAGGAUGAUCCUGACAAUGCUAAGUUUACAUGUCAAUCAUAUAUAGCUUCUUGCGGUUCAUCGGAAAGUCAGUCAGGAAGUAAGAUUUUUGAAACCGCCGUCUUAGGAUGUACACUGGAUGAUCAAAAACGUAUUUACAAACGACUUCAUGGGCUGUUGGAUUAUAUCGUUCAUACAACUAAUGUUACAGAAUUUGAUAGUGAAUAACUCGACAGCAAUGUCAGUAUUGACCAUUAGUAUUCUCAACUUAUAACCAUUCCUUGUUAUUGAACUUAUUAAUAAUUAAUUUCUUGUCAAUAUAUCAAAUCUUAAAUAAAAAAUUUUUCUUAACAAGGACAAAG